GGCGGCUACCAUAUAAGCACGUUUUUCGCAAAUUUGUUCUUUUUUGUUCUUCAAAAUGCCAUUUUUCAUCAGAAACAAGAAUAAAUCAGGCGUGAAACUUGCACAGAAGCGAAAGGUCAAGGGUCCUACAGAGACCACAGGCAGUUCGGAUGGGAAGAAAAGGAAGAAGUUGACAGCCCCUGAGGGUCUAAAUGAAGAGAUAGAGAGUGACUCGGACAUUGCAAGUGAUGCUGGAUCAGUGAGCAGUGGUAAUGAAGAGGAAGUGGAAACUGCCCAGGAAAAGAGGCUGAGAUUGGCUAAGCAGUACCUCGCCCAUUUGGAGAAGGAAGAGGCGGAAAAAGAAGAUGAUGAUGCUGCUCAGAGAGAUUUGAUUGGCCACAGACUCCGGGAGGAUGUGCUUGAGCAGGCCGGGAAACUUUAUCGACAAGUUGCUGCAGAAUAUGUCCCACCAUCAUCUGAUGAUAUCAAAGUUCUCCGAGGACACAAACUUCCCAUUACAUGCCUUGUAAUUUCACCAGAUGCCAAACAUGUGUUCACUGGCUCAAAAGAUUUUACAAUUAUCAAAUGGGAUGUGGCUGAAGGCAAGAAGAUUCACACAAUAAAAGGUGGAAAGAAGGGUGAGGAGGAGACACAUAAAGGACAUUGCUCUCAUAUUCUAAGUUUAGCAAUUGCUUCUGAUGCUAAGUUCAUGGUCUCUGGAGAUAAAAGUAAACUGAUUCACGUAUGGAACCCAGACACAUGUGAACAUAUCAAAACACUGAGGGGACAUCGAGAUGCAGUAUCUGCUCUUUCGUUUCGGAAUGGCACCCACCAACUCUACAGUGCAUCACAUGAUAGAUCCGUCAAAGUAUGGAACCUGGACGAAAUGGCCUAUGUGGAAACAUUGUUUGGUCACCAAGAUCAUAUCACAGCCAUCGACAGUUUAUCUCGGGAACGUUGUAUCACGUCAGGAGGACGAGACAAAUCAGUGCGAGUCUGGAAGAUCAUUGAGGAAUCACAACUGGUCUUUCAUGGACACAAUGGUUCCAUAGACUGUGUCUCAUUGAUCAAUGACAGUCAUUUUGUUAGUGGUGCUGAUGAUAAUUCCAUAGCUUUAUGGAGCGUCCUCAAGAAGAAGCCAGCACACACUGUUCAGAAUGCUCACAGUGGUGCAGAUGGGGACCAGAAUGGCAAGGAGAAUUGGAUAUCUGCAAUAGUUUCACUCAAGUACACUGAUCUUGUUGCAUCAGCAGGGUCCAGAGAUGGAUGUAUCAGGCUGUGGCAAGUCUCUGAAGGAUACCGCUCACUCAAGCCUUUAUUCUCAAUACCUGUGGUUGGUUUUGUGAAUAGUCUUCAGUUUUCACCCGAUGGUGGAUUGCUCAUUGCUGGUGUCGGACAGGAGCACAAGUGGGGGAGAUGGUGGAGGAAACCAGAAGCUAAGAACUCUGUUAUUGUAAUCAAACUCAAUAGAGAGACGAAGAAAUGAAGUGGGUGUGAUUAUUAGCUGAAGAAAGAGGACAUAAUGUCUUGUGUUAACUUGCGUCCUACUGGAUGUGACCGAGGAGGUGUGAAGUGGUUGUGAUUUUUGUCUUCAAGUCUCCCCAUUACAUACAUGUAUUCUGUCAGCAAAGCCAAGUAUGGCGUGUGGAUGUAUGUAAUUGUAUCAUUGACUCGACUCUGUAUGUACAGCAUAUGGUUUUGAUGGGGAAAAUGACAUAUUUAUGGGGGGAUUGAAAAUCUCUGAAUCUUACAGUCCCAAGUUUAGUACAAGAUUUUCUGGCUGGAGGAAUAGUUGUGAAAGAAAGGUCACUGUAGUCAUUAUUGUAUGAAAUGUAUAUAAAGUGGGAAGAGAAGCACUGCCAAGAUUGGUCUGGCCAAGGAAAUGUGUCGCUGCUUCUUGAAAAAUGAAUAAAAGUAUUGUUUUAUAACUGAA